AUGAAGUCCGUCUUCCUCCUCCCGGCCCUCCUCGGCCUCGCCUUCUCCCACCCAGCUCCCGAGGUCGAGCCCAGAACCGGUAUUCAGGUCGCCCACUUCUACUUCCAAGCCGCUGCUACCGGCUACAACCUGACCGUUCCCGCCGACGGGAACUGGCAUCCUACCAACAACGGCCUAAACGUCAAUAUCAUCACCGCCCUCGACUUCACCGUCAUCCAGUGCGACUUCAAGACGCACCAGCAGGUCGCUUACAACUACCAGCUUAGCGGCGACUCCUUUCCCAAGGAGCAGUUCGCUGUUGGACCGCCGCAGCCGAUUGACGCGGUUAGGUGCCAUGGCUAUUGCUUGCAGGUUUAUCAGGACUGCGUCGUAAACGGUCAAUUCGUCGGCUCCUGCUGCAACGGCUUCUGCGCGGCGAAUAAGUGCCGCCCGUAUGUCUAUCCUCAGGAUAUCCCGUGGCCCAACUAA